AUGGGUCUCAUGGACGCCAUAUCAUCCUGGCUGGGCGGGCGGACCCGCGUGUCGGCGCCAGUGCUGGUGUUGGGGCUGGACCGCGCCGGCAAGACCUCGCUGCUGCGGGCGCUGCGGCCUCCAGACCCUGCUGGGGCGCCGCCGCCGGCGCAGCUCCAGCCAAAUGUUGAACACUUUCAGAGUGGAGGAGUAUCUUUCAGCGCAUGGGAUGUGUCAGGAGCGGCGCGAGCUCGCGCGCUAUGGGAACGCCAUUACAGGCGUGCUCAGGCAGUCAUCUUUGUCGUUGAUGCUGCUGAUCAUUUGAGACUUGUGGUCGCCCGAGAAGAGUUAGAGCUGGUCCUUGCCCACCCCGAUAUGAGCGGACGUCGUAUACCGCUCCUCGUGCUAGCCAACAAGUCUGACGCGGCCGGCGCGCUGCCGCCGGAUCGGCUGGCGGUCGCACUGUGUCUGGAACGCGUGCAGGAUCGACCCUGGCACGUGUGUGCGACCUCUGCGCGAGAUACCAACUCAAUACACGACGGCAUCUCGUGGCUAGCGAGACAGGUCCGAGAGAUGCACACUCCUGCGCGUGAUCACUGAGCGACAUCCAGUGGUUUAGGAGGGCAAUUUUCUUUAUGGAUCAUCUCGCAUUAGAACCACAAAUAUAAUUCGUGUCAUAAAAGCAUUCAUUUGUGUAGCUAUACCAACAUAUAGUAUUCGAACAUUGUUAAAGCAUUUCCACAUGGUUGAAACACCGAGUCUCAAACAACAAAUACGAAUGCGUUGAGUAUUGUUUGGUGUUUGGCAGUGUACGGCAUCGAUGUCAGUUUUUGAG